GGAGCUGUCACCAGCGGCAGACUUGUGCUGGUGCUGUAAUGCGCGUAAAAGACGUGUUUCCGUUUUUACGCACAGCAAAAAGAGGGAAAGGUGCAAAGAUUGAUAUGGAAGUUUCUAUUUCAAAUACCUCCUCUGAUUCGUUGAAUCUACUAUUUGCAGGAGCGCGGAGUCUUCACGGACUACAACUGUGGACUUCAAAACGAGCGUGAAGCUUUCGGGAACUUUCCAUUAUUUGCUUUGCGUUUGGCAUCGUUAACUUUGUUGAGUAAUCAACUGCCGCUUUAUCCAGUAGUUUCGUGACCCUUUUGGCUGUAACCAGCAAAAUGGAGCCUUUAUUCAAUACUACCAAUGCGUCAAUUUGGACCACCAACUCCAACGACACCAAUAACAUCACCUUAUACUGGAACCAGUUUGUGCAGCCGGUCUGGAAAAUCGUCCUCUGGGCCAUCGCCUACAGUUGCAUAGUUAUUGUGUCCGUAGUAGGUAAUAUCACCGUCAUCUGGAUAAUUAUGGCACACAAGCGCAUGAGGACUGUCACCAAUUAUUUUCUCCUGAACCUUGCGUUCGCUGAAGCUUCCAUGUCUGCGUUCAACACGGUGAUCAACUUUACCUACGCAGUGCACAACGAGUGGUACUUUGGACUGGCCUACUGCCGCUUCCACAACUUCUUUCCGAUCGCCGCUGUAUUUGCCAGCAUCUAUUCAAUGACUGCCAUCGCCCUGGACAGAUACAUGGCCAUCAUCCACCCUCUGCAGCAGCGCAUGUCCUCCACAGAGACCAAGGUGGUGGUGGGUGUGAUCUGGGUUCUGGCGCUGCUCCUGGCUUUCCCUCAGUACUACUACUCCAACACUUAUGAGCUCCCCGACCGGGUGGUGUGUUAUAUCAACUGGCCAGAAUACACUGUGUGUGACUUCAAAACAAUGUAUUACGUGUGUGUGGUCAUCCUGAUCUAUUUCCUUCCACUGAUGGUGAUGGGUUGUGCUUAUCUGGUGGUGGGACUGACUCUCUGGGCCAGUGAGAUCCCCGGGGACUCUUCUGACCGCUACAAGGAGCAGCUGACUGCCAAACGCAAGGUGGUGAAGAUGAUGAUUGUGGUAGUGUGUACUUUUGCCAUCUGCUGGCUGCCCUACCAUGUCUACUUCUUGCUGCACCAGUUCUUCCCUAGCAUGGCUGAGGAAACAUUCAUCCAGCAGGUCUACCUUGGUAUCAUGUGGUUGGCCAUGAGCUCCACCAUGUACAACCCCAUCAUCUACUGCUGCCUAAACGACAGGUUUCGAGCUGGUUUUAAACAAGCAUUCCACUGCUGCCCCUGCGUCCCUCAAGGCUCUUACGAAGGCCUGGAACUCAAGUCUACUCGCUAUCUUCAGACCCAGACAAGCGUUUACAAGGCCAGCAGGAUGGAGACCACCGUAUCUACUGUUCUACAGGUUGGGGAUGACAUAGAGCAGCGCAAGGUCAAAGUUACAGGAGGCCAUGGGGCUGGCGGGGCUAUGGUUGAGGUCAGACCGCACAGCUCCUCCCUGGACCUCACCUCGAAUGGCUCAUCAUCCUGGAGUGUCUCCAAAACAAUAUCAGAGAUGUCCAGUUUCUACUCCAGUAACAACCUGGAGGAAUAAACCUCAAGUACAGGCAGCAUUUUGCUGGACAGCGGGGAGAGAGUGUGAGUUGACUGUUAACACUGCUACUUUUGCCUGUGUGCAUUCAUGCAAAGUACAGUGAGAGUGUGCACAUUUGUCUGUGAAUUUUUAAAGAAUAGAUUUUUCGAGUGUGUUUACUGGAUCGUCAUGCUAGAAAAUUUUGUCACUGUUCAAAGAGCAGUCGCUUCACUUACAUCACCCUUGCAGAAAGUAUUUAUCCUAUUCAGAGCUAAUGAUCAGCUGCCGUUGGUAAGGUUUGCUAGGUGCCAGAACGCAAUGGCGAGUGCUUCAACAACACGAGCACAUGCCAGCUCAAAAUAUAAACUGAAGCAGAUGCUAUCACCGUCAUUCUUCACAGCUUCUGCAUGUCACACUAGUCAUCUCUCAGAGCAGAGAGAAGAUUCACACAGGCUGCGCGACUUCACAGUCUAUUUUAGAGUGAGACUACCACAUGAGACCAACAUGCUGUAAACACAGCAUUUUAACAGCGGGAUCUCUCCAAACAAAGUCUGGGUUUUAAAAAAAAGUGGAAGCAGGCACUCUCUAGCAGAAACUGAAACACAGGCAGAUGUAGGGUUUCAGUUAGAAGGCUCUUCCACAAGGGGAGGUGAGAACUGUAAACAACAAAGCAUAAUUAACUCUGAACUUGCCAACUCUAACUCCCUGAGCAGGACUUUUUGAGCAAUCCAAGGUGCAGAGCCAGCGCCUGUCUGGUUGAAGAGGCGCUCUGAAGGUUCUCCUGAGGAGUUCUGGCAGUCAAAGUAAACACCAGCAGCAUCUGGCUCCUCCAUCGUCAUCAGGCUACACAUUGACUUCAGCUGCUGGAGGCAUAAUUUCUGACAAAGAGAAGACAAACAUUUUGUCAAAAACCCCACCUGCACAGUAUCAGUCCUAAACAGCACCAUUAAAUUUGUUCAACACUGCCAUCAACAUGAUCCAGAAAAGAAAUGAUGCGGUGUUCUAUCUUUUGGAGUCUGUCUAACCUGCUCCACCUUUAUCAGACAUAACACUUCAUUUGUGAUGUGGAAAGCAAGGCACCACUUUCAAAAUGUGAAACUUUCUGUAACUCCUAUUAGGUCCUCUAUUCUUUCAGCUGGCACCAAUAUGAAAUUAUCUUUUCAAGGGAUUGUUCACCCCAAAAUCAGAUUUAGAAUGCUUUCAGACCAAACAGGCACUCACUGAGGGUAACUACCCACUCGAAUGGUCCCCUGAGAAUCACACCUUUGAGAGCUUUUUCUUAUGUUUGCUCAGCAUGAUGUAUUAGUCAGCUAGAAGUUGGAUAAAGGCGUAAUAAUAAUUGAACCAGUACGUUUCCACACGUUUUAAGAUCCAUCUGUUUUUUGCAAAGCUAAUUUAAAAGUCCUUCCAUGUCUCUGCUUAUACUUGCAUGGGUUUCCUUCAUAUUCAUCAACAUGUACUAAACACUCAAAGGUUCCUCUUGUGCUGGUGUGUACCUCCGAUGUUGGAGCUAAAAGAAACUGCAAGAACAUGUUUCUAAGUACCAAAAUCAGUAGCCUACCUGCAGACAGACAAAAAAGGAGGACUUCUCCCAAAUUUAUAAGACCUAUGAAAACAUUUGUUUUGGUGUGUAUUUAUUUUUUAUUUUUUUACGCUUUAAGAAUCCACAACUGGGCAACUCAACCCUAGUUGAAUAAGUGGCACUACAUGACUGAUGAAUAAGGAAAUCUGAUUUGGGGUGAAUCUGGUGCACAAUGUUUAAGCUGUGUAGGUUAUAUUGUUAAUGCGGCUGAAGUUACCUUUAACCUUCUUUGCAUGAUGUGUGGUGAUCACUUCUUUCAAGUACUCUUUAAGCUGUCAGUCCAAAAUGUAAUCCAGCUACAAGAGGACACAAGUUAGCAUCAGGUUUAGAGUUCUUUGUAGACUUUUUGUCCUUGAAUGUGAAGCCUGUUACCUGUGGCUCUUUAAUGUCCAGUGUUGCACCUUGCUGCUUAGCAUAAUGUCUGUUAAAAAAAAAAAAAAAAAGACAAAAACAAAAAUAAAACAAAACAUUCUGCUGAGGUCCAGGAAAAGGCACCAGCUAUGUAAAUGGCCACAAGGCCAUACUGUAGGGUCAAACCGUCAUUACCUCCCACAGCAGUAAACAUUCACAGCGAGGUGUAAACUUGUGGUCACAUUGUUCUUGGAGAAGAAACUAUCUUAAAUUUAAAAACUUUCAAGAAACUUUGUGUAGAUAUUUAGAUAUAAGAUAUUUACUGCUGUUCUGAUAUCUGUGAAAUAGUUCAUGUGUGGUGCUUUACACAAAGUUGAGUUAAUUUAUGAAAGCCAGAAUAUUUGAAUACAAAUAUCCUGCAGUGUGCUAACAGCUAAAUAUACAAAAUUUUGCAUUACUUGCUGUGUGCAGAACAAACACACAGCCUGAGCUACACACAUCUGCUACACACUGCAGAACUAUCACUUGUCAGACAAGAACACACGCAGUGCGAGAACAACAGCUAAAUCCAUUUUAAUAAGUAUUUCAGUGAUUUUUUUUGUUGUUGUUGUUUGUUUUUUUUAACUGAAAUUAAGUAAAGAGGUUUUGGCAUUUUUACUUGGCUUUGCACUGGGAAUCACUCACUGCUCUCACAUACUGAACACUUCAGUCAGCUCUUGGUUAAACAUAGUUCCAAGAUGGAUAUUGUUUUCAGUGUGUGCAUACAAGACAGAGUGAUCACCUGCUGACACCCAUCAUUGAUUUUUCACACAGACACACAUACCUC